AUGCGACGUGCGCGUGAUCCCCGGGUCGCAACCGGCGCGCUGGUUUGCGUCAUUGCGCUCGCGUUGGUAUCGGGUACUGCGGCGCUUAGCGACUGCGUGAAAAAGACGGAUGGCGCCUACCUCGGAUGCGAGGACCUGGCCGACGGGUUGACCAAGGGCCCGUACGUAACGAGCAAGUCGGACUACAAAUUGUUUUCCUUCGAGUUGCCUGCCAACACGGACGCGACGCUGACGCUCGAGGUGAACGCCGGCGACGGCGAUGCGGACCUCUACGUCUACGGUCCAAAGUAUGCUUCGGGGGUUUCGCUACCGGGGCCGUCCAAUUACGAGUGGAGAUCUCAUCACGCCGUGGGCGACGACGUGGUCCACAUAUCGCGUUACGACGAGGGCGGUAACCCCGCGGGCAGGUAUAAGGUUGGCGUGUGGGGCUGGUCGAUCCGUAGCGCACCAAACAGCGGGGGCACGACGUGGAAGCUCAGGUUGGACUUGCAGUCUUCGGAGGUGAACAACACAGCCCUGCAGAAGGCGGCGAUGAAGCAGGUGUACGACAAGUGCUGCACAGCGUCUGGCGGUGCCUCCACCGGUUCAGGUAACGCGGCGACGGGCGGACCUGAGUCGGAUGGUUCUGCCGUCCGGUGCUCGGCGUGGAAGGAGAAAGGGAAGGACGACACGGACUUUUGCCACAUGCGAGGUUCACUGUGCAACUCGGCGGGCGAACUCACUCACCUUCACCUCGCGGGCUUCGGGCUUAGUUGUGAGUUUCCCGUGGCAGAUUUGGCGCCGGUGCUGCGCACGGUGCACAGAUUGGACAUCAGCAGUAACCCGGACCUGGAGGGUGGCACAAACGCGGCGAACACCUUCAUGGCUCUCAGUGCGACAGUCGCGCCGAACAUGACGCACUUUCACGCCUCUUAUUCUCCGGUGUUCAGAUCAACCUCGGCGACAUCCGAUACCUUUCCCGCGGCGGUGUGCUCCGUGUUACCUCCCAAUCUGAUCUCCGUGCGAAUCAGCCAGACGGAGGCAAAGGGUACGAUUCCGGACUGCAUGAUUCAGACACAUCUGCGUGAGCUUGAGAUGUCCUCCAACGCCCUCUCGGGUCAAAUUCCCGGACCGUACAACGCGGGCGCGAGCAACCCGAGCGAUAUCGAGGUACUGCUCGCGGACAACUGCGAGUUCACGGGGACCAUCCCAUCGAAUUGGGCCGAUCACGCACCGAGACUGAACGCCUUCUCCGCGGCGAACAACGAGCUGACUGGAUCCAUCCCAGCUUUCAUGGAGGAAACCCUGGAGAUGAUCCGACUUUGGGGGAACCUUCUCACUGGCGGUAUUCCAAACAGUUUGGCGUCGCUGCCCAGCCUCAGGCAAUUGUACCUUCAGGAUAACCAGCUCACCGGGUCAAUACCGGAGGGACUGUUCAGCGGGAGCAACCUGCUUUAUGCGUACCUUGACGACAAUGCGCUGACUGGCACAAUGCCCGACCGGUCAGCCUACGGGCCCAAGCUUCGCGUACUCAACGUGCAGAACAACGCGCUCGAGGGCAAUCCGCUUCCAAACGUUUUGCUCGACGCGCCCGCGCUCUACAGCUACAGAGCCGGCGGCAACCUGUUCUCUGCAAGGCUCCCAGCGGUGACCGAGUACGACGAGACUACCCAGGCGCACAAGCUGACAAAGCUCAAGGAGUUGCGUAUACUGGAUUUGUCCGGCAACAAGAUGUACGGCCCGGCUCCCGCCGAGUACGAGCAGCUCGUCAUCAUAACCCCUGGGGAGAAGGGGUUUCUACAAUACCUCAACGCGAACAACCGCUGGCAACCGCUGGUCCACGUCCUUGACCUGAGCUCCAACGAACUGAGCGGGCAGGUACCGGCGUGGGCGAACAAGUGGAACCCGUUGAUUAAAAUCAACAUCACCGGCAACAACUGGGCGUGCCCAAUCCCUGAUGAGAGCAAAGAUAUCGAUGGUUUGACCUGCGUGGAUGGAGACGGCACACGAAGGGACAGGUUCGGUGGCGUCGUCUUAGGCAACGGAACGACCAACUACCGAGAGGAACCGAGGAAAAAAUCGAGCGGGUUCUUCGGAGGAGCGGAUUCGAUGGGAUGGUCGGUGGUUGUGUUGAUCCUGAUUAUUGUGCUGGUGGUGUGGACGAUGGCCGUGAUUCGAAAUUACGUGAAGCGAAAGCUGUACCCGAGAGACGAGGAUGAUGAGGAAAACUUUUCGGGACCGAUGGCAAACAUGGAUGGUUUGGAGCUGACGGACGUCGGUCCACCGCGGCCGCAAGAAGGGGCUAAUCGACCGCGCAUGACGUCGCGUGGAAUGCCACUUUUCAACGAUUGA